CCUGCCCGCAUCUCAACCCCCCCCUCCCCCUCCUUCUGCUCCAUUUUCCUGUUUGAUCCUCCACACUAUUAUCUUAUCCAACAACAAACUAGCAGCCAUCUCACACAACGCAACCACCUCCACAACUCGCAAUCUCCCAUCAACCCGCUCGCUCGUCACUUGGCGCCUAUCCAGCCCCGCCCCACCCACUGCACACUGCGCGACGUCACGAGGGCACCCCACCCUCCAAAGCACCUCGCGACGAAAUGGCUCCCUCGCCUCCCUCGCCCUACCAAACAGGGCAGCACCACCACCAUAGUAGCAGCGGCCAACAACAACACUCCCGCAGGUCACCUUCAGCCUCCUCCACUGGCGAUGCCAACGCCAACGCCACCGCAGGACCCAGCAGCACUACCAACGACGGCUCGUCGGUCAAGCGUACGCGUUCUCGCAAUGGCUGCCUAGUUUGCCGUGCACGACGCAUCAAGUGCGAUUUGGAACGGCCAGAAUGCAAGCGCUGCGUAAACUACGGUGCAGAGUGCGUGUACCCCAUCAAGAAGGCGUUCGACGCCGCCGCAGUCGAUGCUGCCCUCGGGUCACGCCACAACAGGCCAUCGAAUGCUGCAGCGACAGCAGCAGCAUACCAUGACCCGACGCCCGGUGCUGGGCCGGCGCUCUCGCCGCCCCCAAUAACGCCACACUCGUCGCUUCCCCCACUCCCGCCGAUGCCCCCGGCGCCGCCGCUGCCUCCCUUGCCGCCGGGCCGGGUGGGCCCCGCUCUCGACAGUGUGCCGCCCAUCGAGAUGGUGCACGCGCUGUUCAGGAAGACCAAGAUGGGCAGCUUCUUCAAUAACCCGGUCGACCCGCCCGAGUUCCUGCGUCUGGCUUUCCCGCUGCCCGAGGACCUGCGAUGCUUCCAUCACUGUCUGACAUACUCGCUGUCGAUCUUGGUCGUUGACGAGGAGCACAACCCCUGGGUCGAGCACAUUGCGCCCAUGUUCCUCUUUCCGACGGGCGACGCGCCGCUCUCGGUCAACGCGCUCAAGUAUUCAAUGUUGACACUCGGCGCCACCCAUCUGUCGUACCUUGAAGCCACCAGCCGCGCCCCGAAUGCCGAACGCACGCUCCAGCUCUCGAGACAGUACCGUCACACUGCGCUCGGCUUGCUGCGCCAGGCGCGCCGUGUUCCCGAGGAACUGGCGCACGACGCAUUCCUGGCAUCGUGCGUCAUGAUUCUUGACAAUGACAUUCUGGCGGCGUGUGUGUCGUGGCGUGAGCCACUGCGCUACGCCAAAGAAGCAAUCAAUCACCGUGGUGGCGCAGGCAACCUCCUCUUUGGCCCCGAUUGGCGCAACGCCAUCUCCCGCAGCGGGUCGAGCGCAACGCCUCCGGCCCCGGUGCGGCGAUACCUCAUCGAACACGCCGUCAUGCACGACAUUCUCUGUUGCUUGUCGGUCGGGUCGCCGCCCACUGUCCUGGACAGUGACUCGUCAUGGUGGGAGGCGCUCGGUAACACGGGCUCGACGGACAGAGAAUGGGAGAGCGUCGAGUCGCUGUUUGGCUUUGACCGCCUGCUCGUUCGCAUCACUUGCAACACGCUCCAACUGUUCUCCAACUGCCGCGAGUUUGAGGCCCACCAUGGCCCCCUGCUCAACCCGCCGACUUCCCUCUCGCUCGACAGCCCCUCGACUGUCGCACGCGCCGACAUGAGCAGGCGUGUGGCUGACGCGCAGCUUGAGCUUGCUCAGUGGCGCGCCGAGGCCUCGGCCCGCUACAUGACUCCAAGGACAAUGAUCGGCAGCAUGACGCUCUGGCACAUGCUGCAGAUCAUGAUGCUGCGUGAUGUGCAGAAGCGCCCUCGUGAUGACACCGAGGUGCAGUCCUCGGCCGCGGCCAUUCUCGAGCUGUGCAUCGAAGUCGGCGACAAGGUCGAGUUUCUCAACUGGGCGCUGUUGUACGCAUCGAGCGUCCUCCUCGAUGCCGACAAGCGCAACACGGCGCGGUCAAUCCUCAAAACGUUUGCGUACCAGUGCUGUCACGAGCUCGAGGUCAUCCGACUGGUCAUGGAGGAGAUGUGGCGGAGAGCGGAUGACGGGUACGACGACGAGGCAUGCGGGACCCGCGAGAUUGCACUCGAGUUUGGCAGGGCUGUCUUGAUAGGAUAGCUCGAUAGGGUCAUGCGAUAAGCGAGUAACGGUAG